AUUCACACGAAUAUCACAAUAGGUGAAAUCAAUAAAUUUCAUUAUUUAAAAGCAUCUUUGAAAGGCAGCGCCUUAAAUAUGAUACAAAAUUUAGAAUUUACUUCUAAAAAUUAUGCGAUUGCCUGGCAGCUUUUGUCUAGUAGAUUUGAUAAUGAGAGACUUUUAGUGAAUAACCAUGUUAAUGCAAUUUUAAAUUUUACUGCUAUUGCACAAGAGUCUUGCCAAGCUAUAAGAAAAUUAAUUGACACUAUUAAUAAAAAUUUAGCUGCUUUAAAUACCCUUGGCCAACCCACUGACCAUUGGGACACAUUAAUUAUACAUAUAAUGAUCAAAAAAUUCGAUACUGUCACAUUUCGAGAAUCGGAAGAAAAACGAAACUCAAUUACAACUUCACCUAGCCUCAAACAAUUCUUAGAUUUUCUUACAAACAGAGCAGACUUAUUAGAUGCAAUACAACAAGAUGAAAAGCAAAGACAGCUUACAACAUACAAAAUUCAUUCAGACACACAAAAUUCACAAUACACACACAAAGUCGAAAUAAAAUCAAAAAACACAAAUUACAAUAAAAUAAAAAAUUCAGACACAAAGGUAAUUUCAUGUCCAAUGUGUAAUCAAAAUCAUUUCUUAUUUGCUUGUCCUGAGUUUAGAAAUCUUGAUAUUGAUUCUCGCAUUAUAAAAAUGCAAAGCUUUAAUAAUAUAUGCAAUAACUGCCUCAGGCCUGACCAUAAGGAAAAAUAUUGCAAGCUGACGCAUUGUAAAUAUUGCAAUAUUAAACACUCUAGCCUGCUUCACAAACAUACACAGAAGCACACAGAACAAUUCAAUGAAGUUGCUUUAUCUUCUGACAUACAUUAUAUUAACAAACCCAAUAUACUGCUUUCCACAGCCUUGGUGAACGUGGUCGGCGCAUACGGGAUACUACAUCCUGCUCGCGUUCUUCUAGACAACGGUGCAACAGCACACUAUGUCACACGUAAAUUCUGUGAAAAGCUCGGCGUCUCGCGGCGUAGCGUAAGCUCCACGUCAAAGCAGUACAUCUGGAGCUCGUCACGGACUUAACCACCGAUGCCUAUCUCUCGGCACUGUAUCGAUUCGUUUCACGCCGCGGUAAACCAGCAUCAAUUACCUCCGACAACGCUUCUACAUUUCUUGGAGCUAGUAACGAACUUUCUACAUUUUUAAAUAAUUCUUUAAAUGAUAUUAUGUCAAACAUAAAUAAUAAAGGCAUAGAAUUCAAAACAAUCCCAGCUUAUUCCCCGCAUUUUGGAGGAAUAUGGGAAAGUAUGGUAAAAUUAGUAAAGCAUCAUCUUCGUAGGGUCCUUACAUUAACCCAUUUAACUUACGAAGAAAUGUCAACGUGUCUUAUCCAAAUAGAAGCCAUCCUAAAUUCCCGACCUUUGACACCUCUAUCUUCUGAUCCUUUGGACCUCAGUUGCCUCACUCCAGCACAUUUCUUGAUUGGGCGCUCACUUUUGACUGUUCCUCGUCCUUGCGUUAGCGAUGCCAACAUCAGCCGCUUGCAGCGCUACGAAAGGAUUGAGAGCCUCAGACAACAUUUUUGGUCACGCUUCUCACAAGAUUAUAUCUCUCUCCUUCAGCAAAGAACCAAAUGGCGAGCUUCAACAUCAAGCCUCAAACGAGGCGCCAUGGUGCUCGUGAGGGAGAAGAACCAACCACCGCUUUUGUGGCAGCUUGGAAGAAUUGUGAAGCUGCAUCCCGGUAGAGACGGUGACAACAGGGUUGCCGAUAUCAAAACUAAACGAGGAAUCUUGCAAAGGGCUUUCAACAAUAUUUGUCCCCUUCCUCUCUCUUAAUCAAGUUUGAAGACAUCAACCUUGCCCCUGCAGACUGUUCAAGUCUUGAACCGGUUGGCGCGGGGAGGCGCGGGGCGCGCGGGCAGGCGCGGGCGCAGCUCUCCGUGUCCAACAAUGCUUCAGCGACGGUCAUUCAUACAUCACGUAUCAAGACAUCAUAUUAUAUUGUCAAAUUAUUAAAGUCAUGUUAUAACCAAGGCGUCUACUCUUC